GGUGGCUUGCCUCUUUUCACCUGGGGGGGGGGGGGGAGUGACUGCCGCCACAUUUUUCGAAAAGGAAUGUAAGGAGUGAGUUCCGCGCGCAGGUACAGUGUGACGACCAAGAGCACGGCACGGAAAGUUUCCAGGCUACGCUCCGCUGCAUUUAUCUUCACAAUGGCUACAACAGGAGACAUGAUGGCAUUGAUUUGUCUGCUCCUUGUCAAACUGCCCAUGAUUGACACGGCCAGCGGGAAGGUGUUAGAGGAAACGUUUCACAAGUGGGUGCAGUAUAAGGAUGACUGUAUCAGGAUGAUUGAAAAUGAGCCGCCGCCUCAAGAUGGCUUGUUUUGCAACCGAACGUUUGAUAGAUACGCCUGCUGGCCAGAUACUCCUGCUGGCGCUCUCGUCAACAUCUCCUGUCCUUUCUACCUGCCCUGGUAUGAUCAAGUGUCACACGGCGUGGUGCUCCGGCGGUGCGGCACAGACGGCCUUUGGGGGCACGACGAGAGCGGCCACGUGUGGAGGGAUAAGUCCCAGUGUGAAGAGGAAGAAGAGGUCACAUAUCAGGAGAUGUGGCUCAAAAAGAUGAUGGUGAGCUUCAGGACGUUGUACACGGUGGGCUAUUCCCUGUCCCUCCUCACUCUCGUUACCGCUCUCGUCAUUCUGCUGAGCUUGAGGAAACUGCAUUGCACACGGAACUACAUCCACGCCAACCUCUUCCUGUCCUUCAUCCUGCGAGCCGCGUCCGUCAUUGUUAAGGACACCAUGCUGGAGCGCCACUGGGGACGCGAGAUCAUGAAACCGGCCGACGUGAGCGAGAUGCUCGGCCAUCAGGCUGCUAUUGGCUGCAGGAUAGCGCAGGUUCUGAUGCAGUACUGUGUGCUCGCCAACCACUACUGGUUCUUUGGAGAGGCCAUUUAUUUGUACUCUGUGCUGAUUGCGUCGGUGUUGAUCGACAGUCACAAAUACUUGCUGUACAUUUGUCUCGGCUGGGGAACCCCUCUUCUCUUUGUGAUUCCCUGGGUAGUGAUGAAGAUCCUGAAAGAAAACAAAGAAUGUUGGGCUGUCAAUGAGAACAUGAACUACUGGUGGAUCAUUCGUUCGCCCAUUCUUUUUGCUUCGCUCAUCAACUUUCUGAUAUUCGUGAAGAUUCUGAAGGUGAUUCUAGCCAAACUACGAGCCAACAACCAGAGUGACUAUUCCGGUUACAAAUGUCGGCUGGCCAAGGCGACGCUGACGCUGAUGCCCCUCUUUGGCAUUCACGAGGUCAUCUUCAUCUUUGUGACGGAUGAGCAAACCACAGGGGCUCUGCGCUACCUGAAAGUUUUCUUCUCGCUGUUUCUAAAUUCCUUUCAGGGUUUUCUGGUGGCGGUUCUCUACUGCUAUGCAAACAAAGAGGUGAGAACAGAGUUGAAGAGGAAACUGCGCAGCUGGACGACAGAAACGCGACUUGUGUGCUGUGGACAGUGACUAGCCGGUGGUGAAACCCACACUUUUUCAAUUGCCACAGUGCCAGAGCAUAACAGGUCCUUGGGCAUCACAGGGAGGCCGAUGGCUGAUGCCUCGCCCACCCCCGACAGUUCUCUGCUUUUUCAACGUCAGAUUCAGGGAGCUGACCAGUGUGACGAGGCCUCACCGCUCCAGUUUCCAGCAGCGAUAACGGGCAACGCCAUCCUGCAGCGUGCAGAUGGCGACGACACUCUGGCGAUGUCAUCAGCAGGGAUGCAUGUGUCAUUCCAAAUUCAUUUUCAAGACCCCGUGGAGUUACUUCCACAUGUUGUUGAUAUCGAGUCGGACUGAACACUGGAUUUAUUGUUCAUUUGAAAUUACAGGUACAGUGUGAUAUCUU